GUCUGUUGUCCCGCCAGUGGUGACGAACAAGCCACCAUCAGGGCCGUGGGGUGAUGAUGCGUUGUUCGACAGCUUGUGUCGUGUCUGUCCCGCCUAUUCAUGCCGACAUUUCCCAUCCCCUUCGUAUGCAUGCUUUUCUACUUCAUCUUCCUCAUAGAGUACCAGCGUGCUGUAGUACUGCUGCAGCACGUACCAGUAGCACACCAAGUGAGAAGACGAGUCUACAACUUAGGUUGGGCAAAUUUGCAAUUGAAAUGUCAACUUCGUUACCAACAAUUAGAAAAUUCAGAAUUCAAUGCGGACUAGAUACCACUAUCCAAAAAAAUGAAUUUUUAUCGCCCAAAAAUUAAAUGCAGCAACACUGUCUCUUUGUACACGACUGCGCCAUGGUACUAACCUCCGCUAAGAAUUACGAAUCUUAUAUUCGCAUCUUUGCAACAGCGGCCCGGACGAUUGGGGACGAAGUUGCGUGUAGAAGCACGGAAGAUGAGAGUCUUAAGGUAAAGGUAGUACUUAAUAAGGAGAUAAUUGCCUAACACCGACUCAAGGAUGACUACGAGAUCUCCGCUUCAUACACUGCUGGUAAGACGCCUUUUCUCUAUACUUUCGUUAGGAGCUUGCCUUCAUAUUGAUUUCUAACUCUCUAACUCUAACUCUAAGUUAAAAGAGAAGACGUCUCAAUUUUUGAGCUUCCUUGCAGUUGAUUUCUUUUUCUCAUUCCGUGUUUCUAAUCAUGCAAGGAGAAGCGAGACCAUGAUCUACUACUUGAAGGAGUCCGCUCCUCCCUUGGAUAGGGACCUCGACGUCGAGGGAACUGCUAUCGAGUCUCCAAACACGGCCCUCCAAGCGCUUCGAACGUACGUGGAUCUCAUGGACCAGAUAGUAAGGACUGAACUUGCUUGUCAGCGGCUUGGUAGUGGGUGAAAACUGAUAACGACGGAACUUCCUACUUAUUCUUGUCAGCGGCUUGGUGGUGGGUGAAACUCGUCAACCGCUUGCUACCAUGGCGGUAGGUGGCGCUUGGUGGUAGGCGGCUGUCGCUAUAUGCAGUAUAUAAUAGAAACGUCGUACCACGCAUGUCACGAAUCGGUCUUUGGGAAUUCUUCAUAAGGCCGUGAGAAUUCUUCUUUAUGAUUUUCAAGAAACAGGGAUCUUUCCUAUUAAAGGCGCUUUUAGACCUCAUGAUAAAUCUAAUACUCGUUUACUUGUCGUAAUAAACCCUGUCUUCUAUAUUGUAAUUUCAAAAAAGUGCCAUUGUAUUGUCAAUUGAGAAAUGUCACGAGCAAGGAUGUCGAUGUGUGUCUAUUCUCCCGUUGAUACUCUGCAUAUUCUGAAUAUGAAAGGGCUUUCGCAAGUUGUUUUUAUAAAGAAGAAAGGAGUUCGAUUUUUGAUGAUG